AUGGCAGAGAUCUCUACCAACAAAGAGUCGUAUGAGAAGAUAUUCUCUGCGCUGAAGCGGCACCACCGGCUGUUUGAAAACUCCAUUCCGCUAAUUGCCAGCGAGAAUGUCCCGAGCCCUGCAGUCCGAGAGGCCAUGGCCUCUGACUUUGGUAACAGGUACGCAGAGGGCUGGCCCGGUGAGCGGCUUUACGCAGGCUGCGCUCACAUAGAUGAGGUGGAGUUCAUAUGCAUGGAUCUCGCAAAAAAGAUCUACCGUGCCGGAUUUGCCGAUGUAAGGCCCAUCUCCGGAGUUGUCGCCAACCUAGCAAUCUACUCAGCCUUUACAGAUCCCGGUGAUGUGAUGAUGGCCGCAUCCAUUCCCGCGGGUGGACACAUCUCCCACGGCAGGAAGGAGAAAUUCGGAACGGCCGGGUUGGUUCACGGCCUGAACGUCGAAUUUUACCCUUUUGAUACGCAGGAGCUGGCCAUUGAUGUCGACAAGACAAAGGCAAGGGUUUUGGAGCUUGAGAAGGCCGGCCGGCCGCUUAAAUUGGCCAUGUUCGGGGGCUCGUUGUUUCUGUUUCCGCAUCCGGUAAGGGAGCUGUCGGACUUUAUGAAGGAGCAUGGCAUGCAUGUCAACUAUGACGCCGCCCAUGUCGCCGGGCUGAUUGCCGGGGGCAGGUUUCAGGAUCCGUUGCGUGAGGGGACCGACACGAUAACCAUGAGCACGCACAAGACGCUGUUUGGGCCGCAGGGCGGUCUGGUUCUGGGCUCCGAGAAGCACGCAGAGCAGAUCAAAAAAGCCGUCUUUCCCGGGCUAACGAGCAGUCACCACAUUCAUCUAGUGGCCGCCAAGGCCGUUGCGUUUGCUGAGGUUUUGGAGUUUGGCAGGGACUAUGCCAGGCAGGUAAUCAGAAACGCCCGGGCGUUUGCCGGAGCACUAAACGAGAUGGGGUUUCAGGUACUAGGCGAGAGCCGCGGCUUUACGGAGUCCCAUCAGAUCGCCGUCAAUGUGCUGGAGUUUGCCGACGGUGGCCGCGUAGAAGAGGAUCUGGAGAGGGCCGGCAUCAUAGUAAACAGGCAGCUGAUACCGGGAGACAUCAAGGCGGGCAGAAACUACCUCCAGCCCGGCGGCAUCCGGAUAGGGGUGUCAGAGAUCACAAGACUGGGUAUGGGCGAAUCUGAGAUGAGGGAGCUGGCAUCGUUCAUCAGACGGGUGAUAAUAGAUAAAAAACGUCCCGAAGAGGUACGAUCCGACAUCGAGUUGUUCAGAAAGGCAUAUCAGAAGGUAAGGUUCUGUUUUGAUGACAGCCUUGGCGCGUAUGAAUACGUGAAGCUCCGAUAG